AGAAAACCAGAGAUUUAUUCCCAGCCGGGCAAGCUUGGUGUUGUUCCAGACCUGCUAGAGUGUUUGGUUCCAUGGCACCAUCUCCUAGCGACAGGGACACAAGCCACCGAGCCGGGGGAUUCCCUGCCAGGCUGGGGCUGGAUGGCAGCACCUGGCAGUGUCUCGGCUGCUUUUCAGGAGUACCUGCAGCACCUGGGGCUGCAGGACUUCCCCUGUGGCCUCGGCAGCUGGAACAAAUCCCGCCUCAAUGCCCGCAGGAGCCCCCGGGCAGAGCCAGCGGGGCUGGAGGAGGCUGUGCCACCGGGAGAGGAGACCCCCGAGACGCUGCUGGAGCUGCUGAGAGACCAGCACAGCCCCUGGGCGCUGCCCCCCGACUGCAGCCCCCAGGACCAGCUCCUGCGGGAAGUGGCCGUGCUGGCACCUGAGCUCCUCCAUGGCUCCAGAGUCUUCCAGAUUGUCAAAUCCCUGCGGAUACUCGACAAGGGGGUGGAGGAGGUGGAUGAGGGUCUGCUGCGGUUCCAGCAGCUGGAGGAGCUCAUCCUCAGUGCCAACCACAUCAGCAGAGUAACCUCGGCCCACCUGCCCCGGACUCUGAAGGUCCUGGAGCUCUGUUACAAUGCUGUGGGUGAUCUGCAGGACCUGUGUGCUCAGCCACCCCCAGAGCUCCAGCACUUGGGGCUGGGCUACAACCGGCUAUGUGGCCCUUCCCAGGAAAAGCACCUCACUGUGGAUUUCUGGCCAAACCUUGUCUCCCUUGACCUGAGCUUUAACAGCCUCACGGACCUGCUGGGGCUGGUCUCCCAACUGUCCACUCUGCAGAACCUCCGCAUCCUGGUGCUCCAAGGGAACCCACUGGCUCUCAUCCCCACUUACAGAGGCUUCCUGGUGGACAGCCUGCCCAAGCUGUCCAUCCUCGAUGACAUCUGCAUAUGGCCUGACGAGAGGCAGCAGUUCCAUGGUCUGGCAAGGCAGCCAGAGCUGAUCAGGAGUGAAGCACGAGUGGUUGUGAGCAUUGGGGAGAUGAAGGGACUCCCUAAUCCCGAAGCUUUUCAGCAGCUGGAGGUUGGCUCCGAGGGUCCAAUGAUCACCUACAGCUACUGUGUGACCUAUGAGUUUGCAGAGGGAGAGGAGCUCGAGGACAGGGGCAGCCCUGAGGGAGCAAAAAUCCAUCAGAGUCCCACAGUGGCCAUGCUGGAUGUGGACAGCUCUGCUCAGGACACAGGAGAAACAAAGAGCCAUCAGGAGCCCAAGGCCCACUCUACAAAGGUGUUUGCCACCCCUGGACAGCCCUGGGCAGAAACCAUCGACUGCAGCUACAGGAAGGAACACAUUGCCAAGGACUUGGUGGGGCUGAAGUCCUACCUGGAGGCUGGAACGAUUGUCUCAGUUGUGGAGGAGAAGGUGCUCUCAUGGCCUGUGGAUGCUGAUCCAGAAGAAAACACUGUCACAAAUAAAAAGGAAGGACAGGAGCUGAAGAAGACCAGUGCAAAGGUAGGGCCUGUCCCUGUGUCCAAGGACAAGCAGAAAAAGAAGAAGCAGCAGCAGCCAUGUGAAUUCCGCAGUGACCCUCCCAUUCGGAGCAGCCUGGGCACCACAAGGGUGACCUUGGAGACCCUGCUGGCCACCGAGGACCUGGUGGCAACUGUGUGUGAUUUUGGGAUCCUGAUCCCUGAGAAACCACCAGAACCACCAGUUCUGGAGGAGAAGGAGGUAAAAAAAGGCAAAGAGAAGAGUAAAAAACCCAAAGCAGAGAAAGGAGGUUGGGCCAGCCAGAAAAUCGAGGCGUCUUCCAAAGGAAAAGGAAAAAACAAAGACACUGCUGAAGUGGAGGAGGGUCAAGAGCUCCAGCUGGUGCCGCUGACGGUUCAAUUCCAGAUGCAGUUGCUUCGGUGGCCCUUGGAAGCCAGCACCCAGAGCCAGGACGAUGUAGCCACGACAGUGGAGAACUCUCAGUGAUGUGUCCAUAGCAGAGGCGUGAGUGGAAAUAAACCACACGGGAACGCUGCGUGGAGCCUGGUUUAGCUGAACCGCCAGAGCUGGGAGAUGCCCCGGGGCUCCAUGUGGUCUCUGGCUG